AUGAAAAUCUUACUACCACCUUUCUCCAUCAUCAUAUUCAUUCAUAUUUUAUCCAUUAGUACCACCACAAGCAAAUCCUUAACCUUGCCCAAAUUCCAAGCCAUUUUCAUCUUUGGUGAUUCAACCGUAGAUACUGGGAAUAACAACUACAUUCAUACCGUUUUGAAAGCCAAUCAUGCCCCAUAUGGUAAAGAUAGUCAAGUUCCUACAGGAAGGUUUUCUAAUGGGAAACUGAUUCCUGACCUAGUAGCAAGCUUGCUAGGAAUCAAAGAUAAUGUCCCUCCUUUUCUUGAUCCAAACAUAACAAAUGAUGAACUCCGCACUGGUGUUUGUUUUGCAUCAGCUGGAUCAGGUUAUGAUAAUUGGACAGUUGACAUAUCAAAGGUCAUCCCAGUGAUGAAGCAAAUUGACUACUUCAAAAAUUAUAUGGAAAGGCUAAAAGGGUUUGUCGGGAAUGACGAGGCUAUGAAGAUAAUCAAUGGUUCUUUGGUCCUUAUUAGUGCGGGAACUAAUGACUUUAUCUUAAAUUUCUAUGAUAUACCCUCAAGGAGGCUAGAGUUCACCAUUGAUGAAUACCAAGAUUUUUUGCUGGAAGGGAUGAAAAACUUUGUUGAGGAGCUAUACAACCUGGGAUUGCGAACUAUGAUUAUAGCAGGGCUUCCUCCGAUAGGUUGUCUGCCCAUUCAAAUGACUUCAAGAUUUAAACUACUUCCGAAUGAUAGAAGAUGUUUGGAGAGCGAAAAUUUACAUUCUCGAACUUAUAAUCAAAAGUUGGUGAAACUGUUGCCCAAAUUGCAAGAAUCCCUUCCGGGGACAUUAUUUGCAUAUGCAGAUGUGUAUGAGCCCCUAAAUGACAUGAUCAACAAUCCACAAAAAUAUGGCUUUGUGCAGACUAAUAGAGGCUGCUGCGGAACUGGGUUUGUGGAAACAGGUCCAUUGUGUAAUGAAUAUAGUGAAUUAUGUGCAAAUGCUUCCCAGUACUUGUUUUGGGAUUGCAUACAUCCAAGCCAAGCAGGGUACCAGUACCUUAGUAAUGACCUGGUUAAGAAAAUCCUUUUACAUCUGGUGGAUUUGGAGACUGUUCUUCAAGCGACGGUUUUUGUAAAUGAUGAGGAUGGUCAAGUCAGAGCCGCUCACAAAAUCUUAGGGUACGAUCCCAUCCAAAAGUCAUUUGCCAACCCAAAGCACGUGAUUAACGCUAACAAUCCUCGACUUCCAAAAAUUACUGUAGUCGAGCAUGAGUUUUUGAUCUCUGAAGGAUCUCUUGUCCCGAAGGACAUCCCAUUGGCAGGGUCUUCCUCGUCUCACCAAGCAGCGCAGGACGAAGGUGAUUUGGGUCUAUCCGAGGAGGGAUUUGGAGUAUUUGACCAAGCUGACCCAUCCAAGGAUCCUCCUAGUGAUUUGGGUCUUGUCCGAAGCGGAAUUGUUGUCAGUGGGAACAUCCUUUCGAGCCGAGAUAGGUCUAAAGAGAAAGCCCCCAACUAG